AUGUUUACACUGUACGGAGUACUUCCAAGCCAAAGCGACAAGAACCCGGCGCACCUUCCCGAAGAGGCUAGACCGCCCCAGACUGCGGUGCGGCUCAAAGAAACCUUGCGAUGGAGAAGGAGAUUGAGCUUCUUAUCGCGAUCGUCCUCUUCCAUCCAAGUGCUGCAGUCCCUCCCCAUGGCGCCCGUCACCCUCGGCACGGUCGACAACGACCUGAAAGACGUCAUCCAGCAGCUCUUCGAAAUCCAAUCCGCCGUCCACGGCUACCUAGGUCCGGAGACGCAACAAGAGCUCGUUCGAAAGAUAAAAACCCUCACCCAAGGCCUCUCCACCCUCUCCACACACACACGCGAUCCCCCUACCACGACCACCUCCCUCGAACAAUCCCGCACAACAAACCCCUCCGACCUCCCGAUCAAUACCAUCCAACUUCCUCCCGAGAUCAUCGACUACGUAGACGCGGCGCGGAACCCGGAUAUCUACACGCGCGAGUUUGUGGAGCUGGUGCAGCGCGGGAAUCAAGAUCUGAAGGGGAAACAGGAGGCGUUUGCGAGUUUUCGGGAUGUGUUGGCGAGGGAGAUGAGGAGUGCUAUGCCGGAGUGUCGGGGGGAGGUGGAGAGGGUAGUUAGAGCGACGAGUUUUGGGGAGGGGGAUGAGAACGAAGGUAAAGCCGAGAGUGAGGCGAAGGGUGGUGGUGGGAACUAG